ACUUUUGAUUGCAAAUGAUUUUUCCUUUUCCAAAUUCCUGUAACAAAAUCACUAAAAUGAAAUCGUGGCUCUCUCUCCGUAACAUUCACCGUUCACCGCUAAAAUUUUCCACCUCCGCCGCGUAUUCCGUAACGCCGCCGCGCCGGUUUUCGCCCUCCACCACUACCACCUCCUCCUCCUCCUCUAUCCUUCGGUUCUCUUCUUUUAUGCUAAAUCUACAAAGCUCAAUAACCUACUCGUAUUCUUAUCCUAAUACGUCAUCCGCUCGCUGCCGGGCUACCAGUGCUGGUCCACCUUCGCCUCCACAGACCGAACCACCUAAUAAUGAAGAAGACUCAUCAUCGUCUCCAGGUAUCAUGUCAUCUUUCUCCAAAGCACAAGACACCUUGCGGAUAUUUUUUGCUGUCUUAUUUUGGAUGUCACUUUUCUUCUGGUAUUCUGUGUGGGAUGGGAAGAACGAUGGCAGACCGAACAAGGGUUCUCGUUUUAGAAGAUAAAAUUGUAAGAAGUUUUAUGUUGUCCUGUACAAUUAACUCCUGAUGCUAUCGUACGCGAUAGUGUAAAGCAUGGGGAACAAAAGGGAAAAAGGAAAAAGAGGAGAAAUUUAGUGUCGUAAAUUGUUUAGAGUUACUGAAAGAAUGGAGAUUCUUCUGUAUACUUCACUUAAAGGUAGUUUAGAGCUCCUUGUUAGCCCAGCUAGCAUUAGUUCAUUCAUGCUGUGAUUUUACUCCUUUAGAGCCUUAAGAGUAAAAACUUCUGUACAAUUAUAUGGGAUUAGAGUCUAUUGCAGUGCUCCUUAUAUUCUCUCAUCUUGGGAAAUGCAGUGCUCUUUUCUUCUCUCUCUCUCUCCCCCUCGUGGUGUGUGUUGUGAAUCGAAAAAGAAAACCUAAAUAAUUAGUACGUUGUUGCUAUCUAAUACCAGAGCUAUUGGAAUUAA